AUGGUCAACGAUCAGACCAAUCGAAGUAGAUCCAAAAUUUCGGAGAAGUCAGAGGAGAUGGACGGCACAGCAACGCCGUCAACGCCUACACCGCAGGAGCAGCAACAGCAUAGGCCUGGACGCCUGCUUCGGACGCCCCCCCCUAUAAGGCCUUAUGACCCUGUUACUGCUAUAAAGGAGAAGUGGCUAGCAGAGCCUAGUGCUCAGGCUGAAACAGAUAAAGAAGCGCCUAAGAGCGCUUAUAUACAAGAGGAGCCAAGGACCUACCUUACAGGCCCGCCAGCGAGAAGGAGAGACCAGAAAAGAAAGGCAGAGUUAAUAGCAGCAGCAGCAAAAGCAGCAGUAGCAAAAGCAGCGGCAGAAGCAAAAGAAGAAGAGGAAGAAGAAGAGGAAGAAGAACAAGAAGAAGAUAGAGAUGAACUCACUAUGAAAGACUUCAAAUUUAAUAUAACUUAG